AUGACUGCAGUGAAUCAGGUUGAUGGAGUCCAUCAAAGGCCUAUUGUUAUUAUAGCAAUGAAAGGACAUCCAGGUAGUGGUAAAACCACAUUAGCUUGCUCCAUAGCCAAGGCUCUCAAAUGUCCUCUCAUAGACAAAGAUCAUUUCAGGGAUUGCACAAAAGAACUUGAACAAACCCUCAUGUUAUCCACUCCUGAUCAGCAUCAAGAAUCGUCGAAAAAUCUCCUGAAUGAGUUGUCUUACCAAGUUAUGUGGCAAGUGGCCUCAACUCAGCUUAGUUUGGGGCUUAGUGUAGUCAUCGACUCGCCACUCUCUCGUCCGGCUCACUUGGACAGGCUGAUCAGGAUGGCAGUUGAUAAUGAGGCUCGGCUUGUUAUUGUCGAAUGCAAGCCGAAGAAUCAGGAUGAAUGGCGUAGGCGAAUCGAGAUGAGGGGUGAGGAAGCAGAUGUUCAGGGAUCAUCAAGCUGGCACAAGCCAAGGUCUUGGCAUGAUAUGGGGAAACUCUUGGAAGGGUAUGCAGGUUGUUGGGAGUAUGAUGUUGGUGAUGUGCCGAAGAUUGUUGUGGAUACGACCCCAGCGGAAUUAGGGAUUGAAGAGAUGGCUUCCUCCGUGAUAGAGUUUGUAAAAUCCUGUAAAACUAGCACGGAUGCUCCCUGUAGGGCUAAUGGUUUAGACAGGUAG